CAUCUGUCAAACGCACCUGUGAAAAGUCGUACAGCAUCGUGCAGCAUGAAAUCGAGUUAACAAGUCAUAAAUCCGCACCAGUUUGUUUAAUGUACAAAACAACAAACCAAAAACACAUUUCAUAAUAUCCCGUGCCCCAUAUCCGUCAAUGGGUCUGAUAAUGGGCUCACUACUCUCAGAACCAGUCACCGAAAAAGAGUCCGCGGACUAUUCCAAUGAGAGAUUUCUUUGUGGGGCAAGUUCCAUGCAAGGCUGGCGCGUUAGCCAAGAGGAUGCCCACAAUUGCAUUCUGGACUACGACACAAACACGUCGUUUUUCGCCGUUUACGACGGCCAUGGGGGCCACGAGGUGGCUCAAUACUGCUCGCAGAAGCUCCCCGACUUUAUCAAAGACCUUGAUGACUACAAAGAGGGCAAAAUCGGCGACGCGCUAACCUCGGGGUUCCUCAAAUUCGACGCACUGAUCGCGACGCCGGAAGUCGUCGAAGUGCUGAAAAAAAUGGCUGAUGAGAAGCAAGAGUGUGAAGAGAGCGACGUCGACGAGGAGGAAAAUAUUAAGAACUUGUACGAAGAGGCGGCUAUGCCUAUCGAACAAGUCAUCGAGAAGUACACCUCGAGCAAAGUGAACUUGAAAAAAGACGAAGACGCGCCAGUUAAAGCUAAAAAAGAUAAAGACGAGGUUGUUGCUUCGUCGGCUUCGUGUUCGAGUUCCGGCGAACCCGCGCAAAAGGAUGGUGUGAGCAGUUCGACUGAAGCCGACACGAGUGAUAAAAGUACCGAGGAAAGCAAACCCGAAGCUAACGGUUCGAGUGACGUUUCACAAACCCAAACUGUUGUACCUAAAAGCUCUGAGGAGAAACCAGAAGUGGAAUCCACGUUGAAAGAGCAGAAAGAUGAAGCACCCAUUCAGAAUGGUGAAAUUUCAACGCCGAGUGUGGAUGCUCAAGCUAAAAGUAAUGUGACUAGUUCGACGCCCGUCGAAAAUGGUACACCCUCAAAAAAGGGGAAAGGGAAAGCUGUAAUUAAACCAGAACCGGUGAAAACCACAAACACCAGACCAAAAAGAACCGCACAACAAUUGUAUAAAAAUUGGUUAGAUUUUGGGGAAGAUAGCGAGGAUUCUGAUGAAGAGGAUGACACGUUUGAAGGACCCAAAGAAGAAAGUUCAGAGGACGAGGGCGACGGCGUCAACGUCUCCGUCGACGCGUCAGAAGACAGCUCCGAAGAAGGCGAAGACGCGAACGAGGAGGACCUCGAAGACGACGACGACGACGACGAUGAAGACGAGGCAAGAUUCCCUUUCCGCGCAGACAUGACAGAGCGACCGGGCGUCGACAGCGGGUGCACCGCAGUAGUCGCAUUGUUAAAAGGCAACAAACUAUACGUGGCAAACGCGGGCGACUCGCGUUGCGUAGUGUGCCGAAACGGCAAAGCGGUCGCGAUGAGUCUCGACCACAAACCGGAGGACGAACCCGAAAUGCAGAGGAUAGUGAAAGCGGGCGGCGAAGUUUUCAACGACGGUCGCGUCAACGGGGGGCUGAAUUUAUCGAGAGCUAUAGGAGACCACGCAUACAAGAAAAACAAAGAACUGUCGGACCGCGAGCAGAUGAUCACGGCUUUGCCCGACAUAAAGACCUUGACGAUAGAUCCGACCGACGACGAGUUCAUGGUGCUCGCCUGCGACGGCAUUUGGAAUUCCAUGUCGAAUCAAGAGGUUGUUGAUUUUGUGAAGACGCGCUUGCAGGAAGGUCGGGAGAAAUUGUCGCAGAUUUGUGAGGAGAUGUUUGAUCACUGUCUGGCUCCUAGUGAUGGUAUGGGUUGUGACGGUUGUGACAACAUGACCUCGAUCAUAGUGAAGUUUAAAUCAAACUUUAAAAGAGCUAUUUCACCGCAAUGUGAAGAAAACACGAAACGGGCAAAGACUGAAUCAGACAGUAAUGUACAGGUCCAUACAACAGUAUAAGGUUUUCUAUACACAGAUUCUAUGUAUGUUUUAUUUUUAAUCACUCCAUUCUUCUUAUUUUAAUAACAGUGUGAGAGAUCAGCAUUGUCUUUACUUCGGUUUUUCUAUGAUGAUGUUUCUGUUAUACAGUUCUUUGUUGCUAAACGCCAUGGUGUAGGUGCCUUCAGUUAAAAUAAACACCGUGGUGGUAAUAUAUUAUAGAUUUGUACAAUAUAGCUGUAUUUUAAUAUUCUUAUCAUGUAUUGUUAAUUCUAAUUCCUGGAGAAUGAGCCGGAGGUAAUUUAAUUGUAAUUUUUUAGUUGCGUCUCAGGACACGUCGUUUGUAAGUCACUGAAUUGUGUAUUUUGUAGUUUAAUUUAAUCGUAAGUUUUGUGUAUUUAUUUUAAACAUGAAUUUGGUAGAUCAGACCUAGUAAGGAAAAUUGUUACAAUAAAAGAUUCUGUAAUAAAUUAUUAAUAUAUUUUUAAUAAGGAAA